GAAGUUUUAUUAAACAAAAAAUAUAGGAAUAUUUUGUUGCGCAGUUACAACGAACUAUAGUCACAGCACUAUCACAAUAUAUAAUUUGUCUUCUGCGCAAUAUAGUCUAGAUAUAAUACUAUAUCUUUAUAUAGAUAACCGAAGAAAUUAUAACGCAUCUAUUUCAUACUUCAAUACUCGUAUCGGUAUUAAAAAAUAAAAAUAUUUAGAAGUGUGAUGUCCGCUUUCAACAGAAAUCAAAUAAGAAUCGACAAGUAUCAAGCUCAGUUUGUGGCUGUGUCCGCGAGCUCUAUUAAUGAAGACCGUCUCAACGAUGGGGGGCGCGUGCUUCUACCCCCAGUAGCACUGCAAAAGAUUUCAAGUCUUUCCAUGGUCUAUCCUCUCCAGUUUAUGAUCACAGCCCAUCGACAAAAGCCUUUGUUUGCAGCUGUUCUGGAAUUCAACGCAGAGAUGGGCAGCAUCGUCCUACCUGACUGGAUGUUCCAGCAACUCAAGCUGAGGCCUGGUGCCAUGGUACGUGUUGAAACCUGCAAUUUAGAAGAGGGGAAUCUUGUCAAGCUGCAACCGCACAAAAAAGCUUUUGUGAUGCUACAGGAUCCGAGGCGUGUAUUAGAGAUGCGUAUCAACAAGUAUCCUAUUUUGACAAAAGGCUCUACAAUUGUUAUUCAUUACGCCAAGCAGGAUUUUCUUAUAAACGUGGUCGACUUGCUCAACCCUGUCGGGAAGCCAGUCGAGGCGGUACUAACCGCACGAGCAGACGCGGGUGCGACGGAAUUGAAGGUCGAAUUUGAGCGACCACUAGAUAUGCCCGACUCACCAACGGAGGCCUCUUCCUCGACUGCAUUUCCAACCGGCAAUAACGUCAUUGGCGCGAGCCAAGGCAACAACGUUGUGCAGUUCAAACCCUUUGAGUAUAAGCCUCCGUCGCUAAAUCCAUCGUCGCAGGCCCAGCAGCUGGAACCAUCCUCAAAGCAGGAUGCCAAUAGCACUGCAAAAGAAAAAGGUAGCGGUGAAGGUAACCCCACUUUUGUACCUUUUUCAGGUACCGGGAACGCGCUGUGUUCUGGAAACGAACCAACAUCCGAUUUGGCAGCGGUUCCAGACACUAACGAACUCUCAAGGAUGCGAGAAAAGAGACUACAAGCGCUUCUAGGCCGAAAGUAACUGAUGUUUUAUAGGUUAUGGAUGAUACGCUUUUUGAGUUCUGCCUCUGCUGUCUAAGGGGUGUUACUGAUGGCUAUUUAUCCUUCCUAUGCAUGCGACUUCCAUUUUGUCAUUUAUUUACUUGUCGGGAUGUCACUGGAGUUUAUUGUGUGACGUUUCACUGUGAUCCUUAGCAGAGAAUAUACUAUUUAAAGAAUUGAUUUGGCAAUAUUUUUUAGGGAAGCACUGCAUAACAAAAAAAA